AUGGUCUACCUUAUGGAUAGCUACUACACAGUUGAUUCUGGCAAGCGUGGAUGGAAGUACGAAGACGUGGCAUCUAAAGGAAUGCACAUGGGUCAGAGAGAUUAUGGACCGUUUCAACAAUUUAUUCCUCCUCAUAGGUGUGUAUCUCAAUGCACAGAAGAGCAGUUCCGUGAAGUCGGUUAUAGACCACCACCGACUGUCUAUCCACUCUAUCCGAUAGAUCAUAAUCCAGAAAGGAGAAUACAUAUAGGACCAGUACCAGUUUAUAAACCAAAUAUCAUCAUUCGUUGUCUUGAACCACCACCUAUUGAACCAGAUACACGGACUAUCGUUGAAGUACGUCCACCUACACCUCCUGCUCCACCUCCAAUAGUUACACAUGGUCCGUGGCCUGGGCCUCCUCCUACACUGCCUCCACUUAUUCUACGUCAACGGCCUCCACCACGACCUGCUCCUACCAAUGAUAUACAUUAUUUGCGCUUGCCUACUCCACCUGCUCCACCUGCACAGCGCAUCCAUCAUAUUUAUAGACCUUGUCCUCCUAAGCCUCGAGAUAUCAUCAUUGAACGAUGGCUUCAUCAUAAACGUUCAUUUCCAAGAAAAGUUGAUGUAGUACCAGCUCCUCCUCAUAACCCCAUACCGGUACGCGAUGUCAUCAUCGAGCAUGUUCAUCCAGAACCUCUCAUUGAACACCAAAUUCGAAAAUAUCCUCAACCUAUACCGACCAACCCAGAGACCUAUGAACAACCGCAUGAUGGUACAUUACUUGACGAUAAAAAACUACAAGAAAUACUAUUCAGCAUACUAUCUCGUCAACAUGUUAGUCCACACAUUUUACAACGUCUUCAAGCUAUUUUCCGGGUACGAUGCGAUCAAAAUAAUGAACCGAUUGGCUUUGACGGAUUUAUGCCAAGGCCUAACAUAGAUAACAUGAUACCACCGACUGAAACACAUUUCCCGUUCAUCAACCCCAUGUCGAGUUUUUCUGAUGAACUUCUACCAACAGCCCCUUUGCCUUAUUAG